UCCGCCCUAUCAAAUUCCUUCACGAACAAAAAAAUUAAGCGUUUUUUUUUUAUUCUCUUUCAAAUUAUUCUAUCCAUAAAAAAAAAAAAUAAAAAAUUCCCUUUUCAGCAGAAUCCUUAUCACAAUUACAAUGCCGCGUGAGUGAUUAUUUCAUUUCCUUCUUCCAAAAAUAUUCUCUGUUAUUUUACGCCACCUUCCUCUGUUUUAAUAACCCUCUUCUCAACCCAACAAAAAAACAAAAAUUGGACAAAAACCUAAUGGGUUUGGGAGUUUCGUACGUUGUGUUGUUUUGUUUGAUGUUUGUUUUUGCAUGGUCUCAAGAUGAUGAUGUGAUGCAAAAACUGAAAAAAGCUAUAAGUACUCCAAUUGUUGGUUGGUCUGAUUCAGACAUUUGCAAAUGGGAUGGUGUUAGGUGUGAUGGAAAAAGGGUGAAAUCAAUUCAAAUGAAUCAAAUCAUUGAAGGUACUUUGCCAAAAGAAUUGGUCCAACUCACUGAAUUAAAAUAUUUUGAUUUCAUGGGUUGUCAAUUAUCUGGUUCUUUUCCUUACAUGCCAAAUUCACUUCAAAAUUUGCGUAUUUCCAGCAAUAAUUUCACUUCCAUACCUAAUGAUUUCUUCAACAACAUGACUAAUUUGAAAGAGGUGAGAAUUGAUUCAAACCCUUUUUCUCAGUGGGAAGUUCCUUCUAGUCUUAAGAAUUGUUUAGCUCUUCAAACUUUUUCUGCUGUAAAUGCUGGUUUUGUUGGUACAAUACCUGAAUUCUUUGGAAACAAUGGUCCUUUUCCUGGUUUGGUUGAUUUGUUUUUGUCUUUCAAUUCAUUUGAAGCUGCUUUACCUCUUAGUUUUGCUGGUAGUUCUAUAGAGAAACUUUGGCUCAAUGGUCAGAAGAGUAAUAAUAAACUCAAUGGUACAAUUUCUGUUUUGCAAAAUAUGACAUCAUUGACACAAAUUUGGGUACAUGGUAAUUCAUUUACAGGUCCUAUACCUGAUUUUUCAAAUCAUGAUCAAUUGUUUGAUGUUAGUUUAAGGGAUAAUCAAUUAACCGGUGUUGUUCCGCCGUCUUUGACUUCUCUUAAUAGUUUGAAGGUUGUGAAUUUGACAAACAAUUAUCUUCAAGGUUCGCCUCCGAAGUUUCAAGAUGGUGUGCGUGUUGAUAAUGAUAUGGUUAGAGGGAAUAAUAGGUUUUGUACUUCAAAGGUUGGUCAACCGUGUAGUCCACUUGUUAAUGCUUUGCUUUCUGUUGUUGAACCUUUCGGUUAUCCUUUGGCUCUUGCGGAUAGUUGGCAAGGUAAUGACCCUUGUAAUGGUAAUAAUUGGAUAGGGAUUGUUUGUUCUGGUGGUAACAUUUCGAUUAUCAACUUUCAAGACAUGCAUUUUUCGGGUAGUAUUUCGCCUAGUUUUGCAAGCCUUACCUCUUUGACAAAGUUGCUUCUUGCUAAAAAUAAUCUCACUGGUACUAUACCAAAGGAACUUGCUAGCAUGCCUCAUUUGAAAGAACUAGAUGUUUCGAAUAAUUUAUUGUAUGGUGAGAUACCAUCGUUUCGAGGAGAUGUGGUUGUUAAAACUGGUGGGAAUCCUGAUAUUGGAAAGGAUAAAAAACCUCCAGGUCCGUCCGGCCCUAGUUCUGGAGGUGAAGAUAAGAAGAAACUUGGUGUUGGAGCUAUUGUUGGUAUUGUGGUUGGAAUUGUUGGAUUACUUGGUGUAGCGGUUUUGGUGUUUGUUAUGUACGGUAGAAGACGGAAGCGUGAUGGUAAAGUUCAAAGUCCGAAUGCGAUAGUUGUGCAUCCUCAUCAUUCGGGAGAUGGAAAGAGUUUGAAGAUAAGUGUUGCAGCAUCUGGAAGUUCUUGUGGUCGUGUUGUUGAAGGAACUAGUACUGCAUUUAGUCCGUCAAGUAGUGUUCAAACUGUGGAAGCAGGUAAUAUGGUGAUUUCCAUUCAAGUUUUGAGAGAGGUCACAAACAAUUUUAGUGAAAAGAACAUAUUGGGGAAGGGCGGUUUCGGCACUGUGUACAAAGGAGAAUUGGACGAUGGAACAAAGAUUGCAGUUAAAAGGAUGCAAUCUGAAAUGGUCGGUGACAAAGGACUGACUGAGUUCAGGUCUGAAAUCGCGGUUCUUACCAAGGUUCGGCACAGGCAUUUGGUUGCGCUACUUGGCUAUUGCUUGGAUGACAAUGAGAAACUUCUUGUCUAUGAAUACAUGCCUCAAGGGCCUCUUAGUCAACAUCUCUUUGAAUGGAAAGAUGACGGGUUGGAACCGCUUGGAUGGAAGAGAAGGCUUUCCAUUGCCUUAGAUGUUGCUCGAGGUGUUGAAUAUCUUCAUGGGUUGGCUCAGCAAAUUUUCAUCCAUAGGGACCUGAAACCAUCAAAUAUCUUGCUUGGAGAUGAUAUGCGUGCUAAAGUAUCUGACUUUGGAUUGGUUCGCCUUGCUCCAGAAGGACAAGCCUCAUUCGAGACUAGACUUGCUGGAACUUUUGGAUAUCUCGCACCAGAGUAUGCAGUGACCGGACGAGUCACCACAAAGGUCGACGUAUACAGCUACGGCGUGAUUCUUAUGGAGAUGGUAACUGGAAGGAGAGCAAUUGACAACAGCCAACCAGACGAGAAUGUCCACCUUGUUACAUGGUUCCGCAGGAUGCUAAUAAACAAAGACUCGUUUGCAAAAGUCAUCGAUCCUGCAAUGGAAAUCGACGAGGAAGGCUUAGAGAGUUUCAAGACUAUUGCAGGGUUAGCUAGUCAGUGUUGUGCAAGGGAGCCUUAUCAGCGUCCUGACAUGGGACACGUAGUGAAUGUGUUAGCACCUCUUGUCGAGAUUUGGAAGCCGACCGAACCUGAUGCUGAAGACUUGUUUGGGAUUGAUUUGGAUAUGACAUUGCCUCAAGCACUAAGUAAGUGGAAGAAUUUUGAAGGAAGGACUAACACCUUCGAUAGUUCGUAUUCUUCGUCGAUGAUUACUAGUUGCGAGAAUACACAGUCUAGUAUACCGCCUCGAUCUUCUGGAUUUGCCGAUUCCUUUACAUCAGCUGAUGCACGAUGAAGUUUGAUAUACAUUAUUGUUUUUUUUUCCUUCUUACCCUUUGUAGCUCUUUUUAUUUUUGUUUCAUGACAUAUAUUACACCCUUCAUUCCUUAAACUUGUCUUUUUUAUUAUUUGUUUUUCGCUAGAGGUUUUUCAAUCUCCUAGUACUUGAGAAACAGAGAUUCUAGGAUUCAAGAAGACAAUGCAGAACAAAUAGUUAAACUGUUUUGUUCUCAUAUUUUUCAAAGAAUUCAGAUGUCAUUGAUAUUUUGUUUAGUUCUACUUACUAAGAAAAUUAGGAUUUAGUUGCUCAUAUCAAUUAUAUUAUUAUAUUGGUGUAAGUUAUACCAUUUUGCUA